AUGUUUCGCAAAGUCGCGUGCGCGGUGUCCGGCGGUGUCGAUAGCGCUGUGACCAUCCACUUGCUGGCAAAGCGCGGACUCGAUGUCACCGGCGUUUACAUGAACAAUUGGGACAGUUUCGACGAGACCGGAAAGUGUAGUAGCAACCAAGACAUGCUGGAUGCUCGAAAAGUUUGUGAUACCCUGAAAAUACCGUUUCUGACGAUCGACUUUGUCAGACAGUACUGGCUGGAUGUUUUUAACUACUUGAUCGAAUCGUAUCAAAAAGGCUUCACUCCGAAUCCCGAUAUAGUAUGCAAUAAGUGCAUCAAGUUUGGCACGUUUCAUGAGCAUGCCAUGGAGUUGGGAUUUCAUGCUGUUGCUACCGGUCAUUACGCUAAGUCAAGUUUUGGAGACUAUCUAGAAAAAUAUGACCCUUGUGAAAAUGUAGAUUUAGAUGCACGGCUUCUAAGGCCAGUCGAUAGCAUGAAGGACCAGACGUUCUUUUUGUCCAGUAUUUCUCAAGCAGCUCUUCGCAGGACAAUGUUCCCGUUGUCGAAAAUUCUGAAAGGAGAGGUGCGCAGAAUCGCGAAAGAAAUCGGAUUGGGAUGGCUGAACGAAAAACGCGAAAGUACCGGCAUAUGCAUGAUCGGUAAAAGGAACUUUGCGAAAUUUAUCGAAGAAGUAAUAGCUUUGGAGCCCAUGUCAGAUGGCGUUUUAAAUUUUUCCAAGUACAUUGCAGAAAAACCGGGGAAGAUAAUCGACGUCGAUUCUGGGCAAAUAAUCAGCGAGCAUAAAGGAAUACAUUAUUUCACGAUGGGACAGCGCGUGAAAUUGCCAGGUCAACGUAAUGCUCAUUUUGUAGCCAAGCUUUCGGCCAAAGACAACAUUGUAUAUGUGGCAUCUUCCAGUUUCCACCCUGCUCUUUACGGUAAGCGUCUAAUCGUGUCUGACCCGCACUGGGUAUUUGGUUCACCGCCGGAGAACUUGCAAAAGAACGGAAAAAUGAUAUGCAACUUUAAAUUUCAACACGUCCAGCGAAUGGUCCGGUGCCAGUUAGGAUCUUGUUCGAAUCCCGCUGAUCUCUGGGUCACUUUGGACUUCCCUACACGUUCUUUGUGCUUGGGACAGUUUGCCGUUUUCUACGUCGACAAUGAAUGUCUGGGCUCCGCCGAGAUCACGAGAGUAGAACCGCUGUGGUAUCCAUUGUUUUGA